CAUAGAAUAUUAUAAGAAAAAUUAUUAAUUGCAUUUUAAUAUAUAAAGUUUAUUAGAAUUGAAAAUACUUUACUUUUUAGAUUUCAUUUUGUGCAGCCAUUAUUUACAUUUUUUAUGGAAAUUAAAAAUUUUUGUAAUCAAUGACAAAAAACAAAACUAUUACGAUGUGCUAUAAAUAAAAAAAUGAUAGUGUAUUUUUCAUAGAAUUAGUGCUUUAGAAGAUAUUGCAGUAAUCAAUUUUCUUUUGCGUGGAUAUAUAUAUAUAUAUACAUAUACACACGCGCAAAAGGUUAUGUGCUACAAAAUACUGCUUAUUGGUUAUGAAAAUGAUUUUUGUUGCAAAAAGGUUCCAAAAUGCAUAUUUAGAUUAUAAAAAUUAUUCUAAACGAGCAAAGAAGAAAACAACAAAGACUUCCAAAAACACGUCAUGAAUGAACACACAGAAAAUUCUUUACCUCAUACUCAAGUUAUAAGAAACAUGAAUGCAGGAAAUAUAUUUUACAUGCCACUAACUUCUUUUGCUGAGAUGUGGUACCAGAUAUUCUUGUGGGCAUUAUUUUCUUCUAUAUUUGUUCAUAUGAUAGCUGGUACAAUUUGUUUUGCCACUUUACGACAACAUAAGUAUGGAAAAUUUUUUCCACUCCUUAUAAUAAUAAUGGGUAUAUUGCUACCAUUGACAUCAGGGGUAUUAAGUUCUGCUGCUGUUGCAUUUGUUUAUCGAGCAUCGAGCCAUCAAAUGCCACCAUUAUAUGCAUUAGUAUGGGGGAUUGGGCAGACAUUUGUUGCUGCUUGUGUUGGAUUCACUAGAAUCUUGGCAACUUUAUAAUAUAAAAAUAUGAUUAAACAGUAACAAAAGAUAACAGUAACAACUAACAUAAUAAUUGUGAAUCGAAUUUUAAUAUAUAAUUACAACUUGUAUAAAUAUGUAGCACAAAUUUAUAUUAUUAUGCUUCAGAUUUUUGUGAUUUUAUAUGAGUAUUAAUAUUAUCAGGAAUCGCUUUUAUUUGCUCCAAUUUAUUGUUUAAUGCUUCUUGUGCUUCCAUUUUUUCAAUAUUUUCAGAAGAUGAUAUGCUACUUCUUACUAAAUCUGUAAAAUAAUGCGAUAAAUUUGUUAUAAAUAUUUAAACAUUAUGCUACCAACAUGUAUAAGUUUAAUUCAUAUACUGUCCAUAAAAUCUUAAAAUAAAGUUAUUAAUGUUAUGA